AAACGGUUUAAUAAGUGUUUUAAGUGUUUGAAAAUUUUACGAUUUUGUUCGUGACAAUUAUAAAUAACUGCACUUUUACUACCUGAAAAUUAAACAGUUACAAAACAAUACCAAAUCACUAAUUUCGAACGUAAUGGUGCAAUUUUGCUUAAAGCCAUUCAGUUUGACAUUUAGAAGUGCCGGAAUGGUUUGUGAUUGGCGGUGAAUGUUCUACACGGGAUCACUAUUGGCGUAGACGAGGGCCGCGCGGGGGUGCGGAAAGCGAGGCGCCAUUACGAACAAUGGCCGUCCGAAUGGUCGUUAGCAAAUAGCUUUUAUCUCUUUCUAAUAUAAGCUACGCAGGUUUGAAUUAAUGAGACGGAGAGGGUUCCGGCGCGACCGCCGCAAAUGCGUCCGUCCCGCUCGCACGCGCCGCCUCAACGGCGCGCGGCAGCGGCAACGCUCGCCACGACGCGACGGGGAAUUCGGAGUCGUAGAGCCUCAUACGCGGGUCAUAAACGAUUCGCGGCCAUAGUAGUGCACGCGCGAGAAUCGAUCCGAAUCGCCCGGCGAUAAACGCAUCUCCCGCGAGGCGAUCGUCGCGCGCCGCGUCGCCGAGCGAUGAGUUCCAAGUUCAUCAUCGAUAGCAUGCUCCCUAAGUACCACCAGCAGUUCCACCACCAGAACUUAUUCGCGGGUGCUGGGGCCUCGCCGAUCGAGGCGUCGCUGUCGUCGUCGCUGUCGUCGUCGUUGUCGACGUCGUUGAGCUCGUCGCUAUCGGGAGGCCUGGGGGCGGCGGCGCUGGGGGCCGGCUCGCCGGGCAACGGGAGUCCGCAGCGCUCGUCGAGCUCAUCCUCGGCCUCGCCAGGGGCGCCGGCGAGGAUGUAUCCAUACGUGUCACACCACCAGCAGUUCGGGGGCUCGGUGCCGUUUUCGGCCGGAGGAGGAUUGUCAGCGGACGACAAGAGCUGCCGGUACCCGACGGCGGUGGGCGCAGACCCGAUGUACGCCCUGGGACAGCAUAACGGAGGCGCGGCUGUGUCGGCGGCGUCGGCGAGCAUGGCGGCGGCAGCGCAGUUCUACCACCAGGCCGCGGCGUCGGCGGCCUCGGCCGCGUCGGCGGCGUCGGUGGACGCCAUGGGCGCCGCCUGCUCACAGCCCUCGGCUCAGCCACUCCCCGACAUUCCGCGGUACCCCUGGAUGUCCAUCACCGAUUUUCCAUUUCCAGAUUGGAUGAGCCCCUUCGACCGGGUGGUGUGCGGUGAGUUCAAUGGGCCAAACGGUUGUCCACGACGGCGGGGCCGACAGACCUACACGAGGUUCCAAACGUUAGAGCUAGAAAAGGAAUUCCACUUCAACCACUACCUGACGCGCCGGCGCAGGAUAGAGAUCGCGCACGCGCUCUGCCUCACGGAGCGGCAGAUCAAGAUCUGGUUCCAGAACCGGCGCAUGAAGCUAAAGAAGGAGCUCCGCGCCGUUAAGGAGAUCAACGAGCAGGCGCGCCGAGAGCGUGAGGAGCAGGAUCGCAUGAAGCAACAACAGCAAGAGAAGCAGGCCAAGCUCGAGCACCACGGACACCACGUCACGCACCACCACGACCCCAUGAAGAUGCCCCUCGACAAGGGUUCCGGCGACCUCCUCAAAGUGAACAAGGUCCCGACGUAAGGCGCCCCUUGCUAGCAAAUCCUGACUGAUUCUGUAUCAUAAUAGUGUGAAUACAUGAAUGCGAGUGCGUCUAAGGACGGCGAACUACGUUAGUCGUUUCGUAUCCACUAGUUUUUAUGUUUUGCGGCUGAUUUAGUCGCCUCGUUGUGGAGGCGUGUGACUCUGUAUAUGUUCCUUUAGUGCGGAGGCGGCCGCGGGCCCCAGGGCCCCGGGCGGCGCCUCGUGGACAGGCUGGUGAUGUGCUUUAAGCAUUUAUUUUGUUGCCAUAACCACACAUUGUAUUGCAAUAAUAAUUUACUAAAUUAACAAAAUCGCUCUAAGGUUUACACGGAGCCAGGGCGAUGAUCGGUAUUGUUAGUUAAGAUUUUAAAUCUGUGAAUCUCAUAGUAUUUAUUGCUACCACUUACUAUAAUCCAUUAUGUUAUAUUUUUUUAUUAAUAGAUAUAUUCUGUACAUUUUGAUGUAUAUUUUAUUAUUUGUCCGCUCUCAGUGGACUGUUAUGUUUUGUCGGUCACAUUUUUUUUAUAAUUGUAAAAUUUGUUAUAUUUAUCAAUUGAUUUCAAAAGGGUCUCCUUUCAGUUUUUGACCAGUUGUGAUUCACACCAGUAGUUAGGAUCAUAAAUUGUUGUUUAUUUGACUUUAUGUUUAUAGGUACAUAGUGCUACAACUGCUGCUUGGUCAUACCUAUUGCCUAUAUUGUUUACAAUAGUACAUAUAUCUUCACUCUUUAUUGUAUAUACCUUCAUUAUUAAUUCCAUGAGAAGGUAAAAUAAAUAUUUAGUAACAAAAUACGUAUCGAAGUACAAUUGCAAAUAGGUCUUCGUCAUUAGUUGAUACUAACGUUAUAUGUUUGUGUUUUGUCUUCGGACCUGAUAUUGAUUCGAAUUAGGCUGUAUUUUUUGAUAAAUAUAGUCGAAAAAUUCCUUGUCCAUAUACUCAAAAUAAAGGUAAACCAAAUUAAAGAACAAAUAAAAAUGACUUUCAAAGUGUUGUCCACAAUCAGGAAUCAUCUGAUGUUCAAAAUUAUAUACGUAACGAUGAAACAUAUAAUAAAUAGGUAACAAUAAUGUGACUAAAUAUAAAAUUUUACACGUAAUUUUAAAAGUGGAGUAGAAUAAGUGUAUAAUACAUAGAUAAUAAUAGGUCCGACUUUGUAUGAAUUAUUGAUAAACCUGUAUCUAGAGUAAUAUCUACACGCGCUAUUUAACAUUACCCGACUUCAGUAUUUCUACUCAUUUCAAAUAACAUUUGUUUUAUCUAGCAAAAGUAAAACGAAGCUCAAAAUUCCAUUAAUUAACCGCUUGUAUUUCACUUUUAAUUUACAAUUUCGUAUUGUGCCAAAAUAUAUUAAAAAUAAUUUAUAGCUAUUCUCACCACUCCCUUCUCACUUGCUUUUAUUUUUGCGAAACCUCAUGUAUCAAAAAUAUCUGUAAACUUCAAUACGUAAUCCGAACAAAAUUAGAUUAAAAAUUUAGUAUUGAUAGUCACCAUAUACGUAAAUUAAAUGUCAGGGUAGAAUAAAAUGAAAAAUAGUUAAUAAAUAACUGUAUGGAUUUGAAUUCUUCGCUUAUCAAAAUUUUUGAUAGAUCAUCUCGCAAUAUCUGUCCACUUGUAUUAUUGGGGAAGUUGUACAUCUGUAGCUAUAGCGGUUACAGAUUACGAGUAUAUGUCGUGAUAUCAUUAGCACAAGAUAAGUCGUCGGUAAGUAGGUGUAAGUUCUGCGACACGGGAGAGACGCAUGUUUAGCGAUUUGUUAAGUUAUUGGUCUAAUUAGAAAACAUGUCUACUCAACCUACCUGAAAAAGAAUUCUCAAAAUUAUUAUUUUUCUAACAUGAUUCUUUAAAAGGAGAUUUUUCACGCAACGACACGAUAUACGUGGUUGCACAGAGUCCAUUUUAGCGUUUAUUCCCUACAGAGUAUUAAGUAAAAUAUUAAUUACGACAUCUUAAAUUGUAAAAAAUAUUAUUUUAAGCGAACAAAAAUCAAAGUUUUUCUAUUAUUUAUUUUGUCAACGGUGUGACAGAAAAAUACUAACAUAAGGAUUCGGUUGGAUUACCAUCCCUAAAUAUAAGUACAUUUCAAAGGUUAUGCCAACAGUUUCCUGUAAACUGGAAGAAUGUAGCCGUGCGGAGGUCAGUCAUUAACAUACCUAUUGUAAAAUAUUUGGUUAUAUUUUUAGAUUGCAUUAAAUGCGUUGAUGUCUUCAGGCUGAUAAAGGAGGCCAAUUUUAACGAAACGCCAUAAAGAUUGACAUUUUACAAGGAUCGUUGUCUUUUCGCUAAAAAGUUUUCUAAGAGUCAGCCUGUUGACCUUCGUGCAAUAAUUACAAAUAUCCUUUAACCCUAAAUAACCCAUAGUCUUCGUAUAAGGUUGUCGUUAGUAAUAGAACUUUAUCUCAUUCUAAACUAAAAAUCGCGAAUGAAAAUCGAACAAAAUGUACUUAAGUAACUUCGGUAUAAGUAGGCUUUAUAAAUUAUAAUGCAUAGGUAAUAAAUAUCUUAGAUAUCUGAUGGUUAGUAACGAUUAAAAGCGCUUGAAAUUAUUUGGUAUUGUUCGCAUAGUGCAAGGGCAGUCAUCAAUCUAGUACAAAGACAGAUACGCAAUUGGUUAAUCUAUGUUAUGUGGUGCUACCGACCUCCGAGUGAACUUAGAUUUCACCAAAAUAUUCCAAAGUCAACGCAGUCCAGUGACAGAAACAGUCCAUUGUUUAUCUGUCGAUUAUAUUGGUCUACUAUUCGGAAUGCACGCAGAAUUCAUCAGACCGGACGUAAGUAUACACUGCAGGUCUAUUAUGGUCGCGGUUUUAUGGUUACCUUCCAAUAUUGGCUUUAGGCUGCAUAGCCGGCUGAUUAUAACUACCUAUCCCUCCGCAUCCCAGAGCGUGUCACUCCCCACAUAAUUUCGUCCCCUGGUAUGCCGGCUAGUCCUGAGCAGGCAUGUUCCUGGCUGGAUGUGGCGACUGUCUUGUCUCGUAGCUACGGAUAACACACUUCACAUACUUGUCAGAAGAGGAUUGAAGUCUUAUCCCCAACUAUAAAAAUGCGACCAUACAGGGCCCAUUGAAAAGUUAUCGAGCUAGACAAUGUGUGUAUACGAAUUAAAUUGUUGCAUUUUCUAAGCCGUUAAGAUUUGCGUUUAUUCCGUUUGUAAUUGUUUUAUUGACAUUUUAUGGGAAUGUGCAAAUUAGGAGCCGUUCGCGAAGUUAUAAGGAGUACAGCUUUGUAAUGGUACGUUUAGUUCCGUACAACAAUAGGUAGAACUUGUAACAUAGUAAUGAUAUUAACGUGUAUGUACGUACGUCCAUUGAUUUACGUCGGGUUCUCUUUAUUGUUUCUGCCUCGUACAGAUGUGUAAUUCAUGUGAAACAAUGAGCAAUUUGCUAAAUAGAUUACAUACAUACAUACAUUCGUCCUCCAUCGGUAAUGCUGUCUUGCCAUUACUAGUAUUCGUUAGUACGUAGGUAGGUUGUACCUGCCGGUAGGUUUCUGUUUGUUCCCUGUGAAGUACCUUGUAUCCUUAAAAUUAAGAUUGAGUUCCAUGUUUUUGUUACUUUUAAAUAUCGUUUGGGAAAUGUCGUUGAAGAUAUUUUAUAGCUUACGUUUUUAUUUUUUAUACGCAGAAUAAUAAACUAUUAUUAUGUACUUCAAAUUCAUUGUAUGACUCUUUUGUUAUCUUACAUAGUCACGAAAUUAUAUUCUAUUAAGUUUUCUGAUUGUUAUUCACCGUUUAGUACGUAUCUGUGUAUAAAAAAAUCUUCCGUUAAAUGUUUUAACUCUUAAAUAACGACCUCCAUUUUAGUUUUAUAUAAAUACUUCAAUAAAGUUUUAUCUUAAUAUAACUGUAGCUAUGUAGUGAGUAUGUAUCUAUAUCUAUAUUUUUGAAAAUAGUAGAUAAUUAAAGCGUCUUAAAAUAACUGUAAAUAUUCGUGAAAGUUUUAUGUGGCGAAUUAUUUUCGUUUUAUACUUUUGUUUAAUGUUAUGUAAUGAAAAUGUGUCGUACUGGGGCCACCAGCAUAAGUACCUAGAUGCUUUAAUCCGAAGUAACUGAAUAGGAACGGGUGUCUGGUUAUGUUGGUGAGCCCCGGGCACGUCGUGACUGUGUCGUGGUAAAUAAGCAAAUAGUUGGGUGAUUGUAUAUGAAACCCGCAUUCAAUAUUGUAAUAUUAAUUUCAGAAAUUCAAGAGAAUAAAGAGUUAAUUAAAACAUGGCUAUUU